CAAGCCCCCACAGUAUGACAAACUGACAGACACGUGCAGAGCAGGUGUGUAAUAAAUAAUGUUGCUGAUUCAUGACACCAUCCUCUUAAUGGCAACAUCUCCUCCAAGGCAGACCUGGAAGAGGGUCUUCCCCACCAUGGACCAGGGAAAUUACACCAAUGUGAAGGAGUUUGUCUUCCUAGAGCUCACUUGCUUUCAGGAGCUUGAGUGUUUCUUAUUUGUGGUCUUCCUUGUUGGAUAUAUAACAAUUGUACUGGGCAAUGUCCUCACUGUGGUCAUUGUCACCUGUGAGUCCUGUGUCCACACUCCCAUGUACUUUCUCCUGAAAAACAAAUCAGUCCUGUACAUUGUUUUUUCAUCCAUCUCUGUCCCCAAGUUACUGGUGGAUCUAUUAUCAAAGAGAAAGACCAUCUCCUACAAUGGCUACAUGGCACAGAUCUUUUUCUUUCACUUUGCUGCUGGAGCAGGUAUUUUUUCCCUCUCUGUAAUGGCUCCAAUUUCCAAACCCCUCCACUAUGUGACCAUUAUGAGGACAGAGAUAUGGGUAACCUUGCUGGUGGCUUCCUGGAUAGGGGGUGGUUUGCAUUCAAUUGUUCAGAUAAUUCUGAUACUUCUACUACCCUUCUGUGGCCCCAACACUCUGGAUGCCUUCUACUGUGAUGUGCCCCAGGUGGUAAAACUGACCUGCAUUGACACCUUUGCUCUGGAGCAUCUCCUAAUCUCUAACAAUGAACUAGUGACCCUGCUAUGGUUCCUCCUACUCCUGGGGUCCUACACAGUUGUUCAGGUGAUCCUGUGAUCCCACUCUGGGGAGGAGUGGAACAAGGCCUUCUCUGUCUGCAUCUCCCACAUCCUGGUAGUGACUCUCCCUUUUGUACCAAGUGUUUACAUGUACUGUCAGCCCUUCAUUACACUGCCCAUGGACAUAGCCACGUCCAUCAAUAACAUAGUCAUAACUCCCAUGCUGAACCACCUGAUCUACACACUGAGGAACCAAGAGAUGAAGUCAGCCAUGAGGAGAAUACAAAGGUGGCUUCAGUCUUCUGAGAACAGUAAACUAGGGUAAGGGAGUCAGAUGGAGACUGGAAAUCCAAUUUUCUCAAAGUUCUAGCCUAAAGGUAAGAGACAGCUGCU